AAACAAAGUCACAAUCCUGGUCGUCGUGUUUGCCAGUGCUGACCUGUCGAUAUGGAAAUGUGGCAUUAUGUACUCCACUGGAUUCUACUUUGGCCUGGAUGGCAAUGUGCUGGAGCUUGUGACCGUUGUGGCGCCUGCCUUGAGCCACCCGCCUUCAUUAGUAACUUCACAAGCAUGAGGGCUCAGUCUGCCACUGAAUCAACGCUCACAAUAGCUCAUGGCCUCGGGGAGGUGCCCAUUAAGGUUGAGGUGCAAGUCAGACCAUCCCCGGGGAGACCGAAUACUGAGUACGUAUUCCCGGGGCUAGGGUCGGCCCAAUCAGACGACGAUCUCCCUCAGACAUACGGAGGGGUGGUCUACAAGUACAACGACCAAUACGUCAUGCUAGCUGUUCCGGCAAAAAAUAAUCAUAGUCCGACAGGGGUAACUAUAUACACAGUUUCCGGUCUGUCCUUCUGA